AAAAAAAAUCAGCCGCUGUCUGCUGUUUGGUUUCAGCAAUUUUUAUCUAUAUUUCUAUUUUAUUAUUCAACAAGUAUCUAAAUGCAAUAAUAAUUUGCAAAUAUUUUUUGCAUAAACAUUAAAGAUCAUUAAAAAGAGUUUGGUUAAUAUCGACCUGUCAAGAAGACAUUUUUCUGUGAAUUGUCCUCGCAAAAUUCGCAAAAUAGGAGACGAAAACCCCUUUAAGUUUUCUAAUUUUAUAUCGAAUCUGCCACCAAUUGGUGGUAGGACGAUGCCUCGCUGCAGUAAACGCACGAGGAGCGGCGCUCCGGUCAAUGGCGGCGAUGUUCUACCAGGGGCCACAGCAAUAGAGGAACAUCACCAUCACAAACGGUCUAGGAAUAGUAGUUCACGUCGACAUUCCAAAUCAGAGGAUACUAGUUUCAGUGCAAAGAAAUGUUUAACUUGGUUUAAGGAAUAUACAACAGUAUUAGAACCAGAUGUAUUAGGUCCUGAAGGUAUGGAAAAGUUUUGUGAAGACUUAGGAGUGGACCCAGAAAAUGUUGUAAUGUUGGUAAUAGCUUACAAGAUGGGCGCCAAACAAAUGGGUUAUUUUACGCAAGAAGAAUGGCUAAAAGGUUUAACAGAGCUUCAGUGUGAUAGUGUGCAAAAGUUGCAGAAUAAAUUAGAUUAUUUACGCAAUUUACUCAAUGACCCCUACGUAUUUAAGGCUGUAUACAGAUAUUCAUAUGAUUUUGCUAGGGACAAGGACCAGCGGUCGCUGGAGACGGGCACGGCGCGCGCGCUGCUGGGCGUGCUGCUGCCGCGCUGGCCGCUGCGGCCGCCGCUGGCCGAGUUCCUGCAGCGCGAGCGCCGCUAUCGCGUCGUCAACCGCGACCAGUGGUGCAACAUCCUCGAGUUCAGCCGCACCGUGGACGCGCAGCUCGCCACCUACGACGCAGACGGCGCAUGGCCGGUGAUGCUGGACGAGUUCGUGGAGUGGCUGCGGGCGGAACGAGCCGCGGACGCCGCCAUGCCGCCCGCCAGCUGAGGCCGCGCCCCGCACGCCGCGCACGCCGCACACGCCGCACACGCCGCCCGCAACACACCACACACCGCCCGCGCCGCCCACAACACGCUCAGGUUCAACUAGAACUGUACUAUCGUCGUCCGACACGUAACGCUACAUAUACGCUGCUUGUGCUCUUAAUACCCUGAGAAUAAGGAGGUGAUUUAUUUGAAUUUGUUUUUAGUUUCACAAGUUUUUCAAAAUCAUUAGGGUUUACUCCCAUAUUGAUACCAUGUUAAUUUUGUGAUAAAUGAAGCUACGGAUUUUUGAAGUAAACAGUUUUCAUGUUCUGAAUAAAAAUAUUUGCAAUGUGUGUACAAAAUAUGUCAUUGUUCGUCAGUGUGAGACUGAUGACCUGACCUACUAAUUAUGCUCUGAUUUGGAAUUAUAAGUCUAAUUAAAAAAUUAUGAAUGCUAUGUAUUAUCAACUCUCAGCUAUAUCUAAAUUUAUAUAUAUUGCAAUAUACUCGUUGAAUACAUACACUUUAUGAUAACCCAAGAAAUAAACUAAUGCAAAGAUAAAUCCAGCGACACUACUCAUAAUUCUUUACCAACAGAUUAAAUAUAUUUAAAAUAUUAAAAAAAAAUUAAACCUUUAACUAAUUACACAAGAUAACUCACAUGUAACUAAUUUACAAACGCAAUUCCAUAUUGUAUUAUACUUUUUACACAUAAUUAACGUGGAAAUGGGAAUACUUUGUUUUUUGUAAAGAAUGUUUUUUUUUUUUAUACAACUUAGAAUAGAAUAGAGAAAAAACAAACAAUUUGUGUAAAACAAUGUAAAUAAUUUGUGAAUACAAAAUGUACUAUGACUAAAAAAUAUCAACACAAUUCUAUCUGUUUAACAAAUUACAUCCAAUUCCAUUUGGUCGUUUAUCAAACAUCUAUGCAAUAUUUUCACAUUAAUCUUAGAAUAUUGAGACCACAAGCAUUGUUUGCUCUUGACCUAUACAAUAUAUGAAACUUGGACCGCUUAGUACAGUGCAAUAUGUAUUCCAACCACAUCAUUACAUUCUAUGUGUAAUCCAAAACGAAUAUAUGUCUUGUCCCCCUCGUUUAUUAAUUAAAUUUCUAAUCAUUCCUGAUAUUGUAAUUCUAAUGAUUCCCGAAUUAAAUGUAAACUCUAGCCAUGUACUGUGCAUGUAAUUAUUAUUUUUUUUCUUAACUUUACUACAUCAGUCAUUAAUAACCAGGUUUACUAUUAUAUUUUAAAUACAAUUAAACAUGUCAAAAUUGACAAAAGUGUGACAUGGACUAUGUUUGUCCCGAUAAAAACAUUUGACCAUCUUUGUCCCUGUCGCACCCUAGUCAACUUAAUAGCGUUAAACAAGGACAACAAUAAGCAAAUAUACUUGAGAGACCCACAUGUGUAUUGAACGUUGACUGUAAAACUUGUUAUUACUGACCAAAGUAAUUCUACUUCAUAUAAAUUAUUGUCUGAACUAACAUAUUUUGUCAGUAUCAUAAAGUAAGCUCAUAUCUUUGAUUUGUUUACCCUCGCCCUGCGGUUACUCUGGUUACCCCAAAGGGGAAAGUUUGGGUAAAUUCUUAAUAAUACUUUAUUAUCACGGAAUUCUGUACUAUCAUAGAAUGCGUAAUGAAAAAGUUGCGUAAAUAUCUUAAAUUUACGCUGCGCCGUAAAUUGUAGAUUUUUACGCGCAAUGUAAAUGUUUAAUGAAAUAAAUCUUUUCCAAAUAUAAUACGAAUAUAAAAAAAAUUACUUUCUUAAAUAUUAGAUUUAUAUUAAAAUAAAGGUAUUUUCUAAAUUAUUAUAGUACUGAUUAUUUUGUGUUUGUUUAUAUAAAUGUGAAAUUCGUAACAUGUUACGUUUGUGAUCAGAGAGUUAAGUCCUCAAUUAAAGGUAGUGUAUUGAUUUGAAUAUAAAAACUAGUGUUCCUUAUAAUCUAUAUUUUUAUAUUUACGCGACAUAUAGAAACUUCAAUUAGUAUUUUACGCAAUUUGUAUAUUGUUACGCCCAAAAUUCAAUGUGAAAAUCAGUGUUCUCACACCGGUAUUUUUAUAUUUACGCAACAUACGAAAACUCUCAAUGUUUCAGCUAUAAGUUUACGCAAUUUGUAUUACAUUACGCGUGUGCACGAAUACGAUAUGGUGUAAUCAUACAUGUUCAUAUAAUUUCCUUCACUAUUAUAUCGUAACGAUAAAAUCGUACGAUAUCUUGUCGUGAUACAAUAAUAUACAAUCCUCCUUUCGUCUUGAUUGAUAAUAGUGCUCCCGUUUUGUGGACACUCCGAAGGCGUUUAGAUGCAACUACAAGGUGGAAGGGGACAGGUUAGCCAAAACGAAAACAGCUGAUUCAGAUGAAUGGUUUGAAUUUGAUGGUAGAUUAUUUUCCCACCGAAAAUCCAUCACUGCCAUACAACUAACGAUUCUGAGUUUUGAUGACGCGCAAUGUAUUUGAAAUUUUACUAUCCACACGAUUUCUUUAUAAGUAGUUUUCGUACGUUUGUAGCGUUGACCUUCACAGCCGAUUCUACGCGUCGCGAAAGGGUUUUAAUACGUAUAUUACAUUGUUGUUUUUCGAUAUUUCAUAGUAUUUCACAGAAAAAUAUUAUUUCUUUAUAUUAUAACAUCACAGAUAACAUGAUUUUAAAUGAAAAAAAAAAUUACAUGCUACUGUAUUUCAGUUGAAUUUUUUUUUAUACAACUUAGAAUGGCAAACAUGCUGACGGCCCACCUGAUGGAAAGUGGUAACCGUCGCCUAUACACAUGAGCAGUACCGUGGACAUAACAGAGUAUACUGUUUCGCCCAUGGUACCCCCCAUACGUUGCCAUUCCUAAGGACUCAGGUGUUAUUCCUCUGUACCCUGUAAAUUCACUCAAUUGUGCAAAUUGUACAAAGUAUCCCUCUGAAUUGUUAGUCAUUGUUUAAUUUAAUGUUUUUGGUGAAAUAAAGAGUUAAAUAAAUAAAAUAAAUAUAAAGAAUAGAAAAAUAAUUUGAAAUUUUCCGGAAUUAAUUCCCACUGGUUUUUAGUUCAGAAUAAUAAUGAUGUAUCGGUUUUUGCCAACCUAUUCAUUACGCCCUGUUUACUGUGGCAUGCAGAUAACAAUUUCAUAUUUCGACUCCAUUAAAAAUAUCGUUCUAGUUAUUGUAUCGUUAUAUUUUAUACUAAAUAUUUGGAUCAUACUAUUAUGUUUCGGUCUAUACACCAAUAUAUAUGUUUUAACUAUCAAAUUACCAAUUCAUCCUAAUAAGAAAACUGUAUUUUGCAUAUUUUUUUUCCAUAACAUUAUUAUUUGCACUAUAUUAAAAAUCCUAGGAUUAUGUAUUGGCGGUUUGUAAUAGCUUACUUUUGAUUGCUUUAAACUCACACUUGUAGUUCUAUAUUUUUGUCUUAUCAUUGGAUUUUAAGCUACUUCAAUAGGGGGGGAAAUUUUGAAUUUAUUGCGAAUUUAACUAAUUAAACAAUUCAUUGUGAAAUGUUGAUAAAUAAUAAAGCAUUAUAAAUAAUGCUUUAAUUAAAAAUAAUCACUAGUCGUUUUCUCUAUUGAUAUUUUGUGCUGAAGAUGAUUUGUAUAAAUGUAUUGAUAUUUAUAGUUGCCAUAUACAAAAAUGGCUGACUUUGCAAUGGCAACUAUAAUGUAAUUGGGAAGAAAUAUUGCACCAUUCAUUUUGGAAGUCGGCUGUUAAAAUAGGGAGGUGCGAGCUUAAUUUUACAUUAUAUACUUAUUUUCAUACUUAUAUUUAAAAAUCGCCCAAAAAGUGAUAUAACAUGCGAGCGGAUGGUGUACGGAGAAAUAUUACUGACGCGGGUUGUGUGGUUGUGAAAAAGUGAGAAUUUAUACGUGACACAAAACUCUUAACUAUCAACUGUAAAAGUGGCAGUUUUUUAACUGUAACCAAAAAAUAUGAUCUUUAAUAUUGAAGUGCCUGCAAAUUUCUUCGAUUUAAUUCAGUCGACACGUGCAAUGAAUGAAAUUUAAAAGUUACUAGUGCCCUGAUUGUUGAAGACGUCAUCAGGGUAGGAGACGAAGCUGUUAUUGAGCCUGAUGACGGAAUAUAAUGUUGCUCAUCUCGAGUCACACAAUGCUUACUCGAUACAAAAACAUAAAUAAAGUAAAAUAUCUUGAGAACAGUUAUGUUUUUAUAUAUAGUCGUUUGCUUGGAUACCUCUUGUCCCAUUCGUGUUUCUACCGUGAAGCAGUUGUGUUUACAUGGUUGUGUUUCGGUUUGAAGAGUGGGAAGCACAAAAGUCGAAUAAAUUUGCCGGCACUCUUAAAAAAAUGUAUAUCGAAUUAUAAAUUCUACUUGUAUUGAAUUUUGAUUUUCUCUAACGAUUAUCGAUUAAAAAUCACAACAAAUUCCAAGUCUACAUUUAAAUUAAUUGAAAAUAAAAGUUUUAUAUAUAUAUAUAUAUAUAUAUAUAUAUAUAUAUAUAUAUAUAUAUAUAUAUAUAGUUUCUAUCAGAUUAGAAUUGUGUUUUGUUCUCAACAAACGAAUUGCACGUUGCGGUUUAUGUGUUAGCUUCGAGAGGAGCCCAGCGGUAAGGUCACAUAAUAAAUUGUACUUUAUAGUAAAGUUACAUAGUAUUUUAUAUAUAUUUUUCCAAAAUAUACAACGUGACAUCAAAAUCAUUAGCAUCAUUUUAAUGAGUAGAACACCGGUUAAAUUGAAAAUGGACAAAAAAUCUUUGCCUCUAAUACGAGUUCCUACGACGAUACGAGAGAGUAGCUUCCAGCUAUUAAUCGUGGAUGCUUUACAUUUUUAACCGACUUAAAAAAAUAUGAAAGUUCUCAAUUCGGUUAUAUUUUCCUUUAUGAGUUGUAAACCGUUUUGGAAAAUUCUUUUUUUUUUUUAUCUCAAAGUAUAUACGUACAGAUUGACCUCUAGAUAUUUUAUAAAGAUCGGAUCAAUAGUUUAGUUUUUAAAUUGAAAUAACUGGUUUUAGUACAAUUGAAGUCAUUGUAAACGUUUUAAUUAUUUUUUAAUAUUUUAUUGGACUAGUCGUACCUUGUUACAAUAUUAAAUCAUAUAAAAAGUCAUUAUUUGUCAUUUUAUAAUGAAAUAUCUUCAAUUUUACUAAUAUAAUGCUCGCUAAAAAUGUUGCUGAUGACUUCGAAUUCACCCAGUAGUAGUAAUUAAGUUUCGAUUGUAUAUUUCUAGCAUUUAUUUAUAGAUAUAUGUAUGUAUAUUACACUUUCCACAGUCGGAUGACAAAAUUGUAACAACAAUAAUACUCUAGUUGUAUCGUCUCGAACCAAUUUUGUGUUAAGUAAUGGUAUUUAUUAUAUUUGCCCACCGAUCCUGUUUAAUAUUUUAUACAAUAAAAUAGUACAACCAAUGCAGUUAGAGUAUCUUCGAGUCUAUUAAUCAAAUAUCAUUAAAUUGACAAAGUUGGUGGGGAUACUACGCUCGUGUUUUUUUUUUUUUUUUUUUUUUUUGUUCAUUCAUACAUUUAUUAUAAAUAGAAAUUUAAUUACCAAUAUUUACGAGACACUUAUUUUUUCGUAAAACUGAAAUGGUUGCUGUAUACAGAAUGGGUAUAUAAUAUAUAGUAAUAUCUAUAUAUUUCAGUUCCAAUAUCUAUGUAUUGGUCUAGGAAUGGAUAUAUCAAAUAUUGCUUGUCCAACUUGAAGAAUACCAUCGGAAUUUAUAUAAAUAUUGGGUAGUAUCGAAAUGGGUAUGAUCUGCCCGUCAUCUAUCUGCAGUUAAUGUCGAUAUAUAGAUAUUGGAGCGAUACUGUUAUUACCCAUGCCUAGAUAGAUGAUUUUGAAAAUUAAGAGUAUUCGUGAAGACUAGACAUUGUAUGAAAUUGGCAUUCGAAGCUGAUAUGUCAGUCUCAUACAAUUUGGAGUAUAUUUGCAACAAUAUGUUAGAAGUAUAUGAAUCAUUGAUUGUUUACGGUAAUUAACGCAGAUGCUCCAAUUAGUUUUAUCCAAUUAAAACGAUGUACGCAGUCACUGAACGCACUAAAAAUUUUUUAUCGACAUAUAAGCGUGGAAAGAUAUGUUCAAAAUAUUUUUUUUCCCCAAAUAUUACCUUAUACAAACAGCAGCAGGGAAUCUAUACGUAAGUUAGCAGAGUAAUGUGUACAAUUUUAUUUUGUAUUAUUGAUUCAAUCAGGAUCAAUGUUUCGUUCGUUUAUGAGGACACUACUAAAGGACACCCUUGGGGGAGUUAAUUUAACAAAAAUUCACGACUAUAUUUGUAUUGCAUCAACAGCAAAUAGAUUAUGUUUAAGUUGCCAUCAUGAUCGAUUGCUAAUUCUUGAAAACAACGGUACUAUAAAAGAUAGAAAACACGAUGGCGUGCUUUCCGUUGUCAAAUAGUGACACUAGUGAUCCAACAGAAAUAAAAUGUAUUGCAAAGUUUGUUUACUACAUAGACAUGGCAGUUUUGCUUAACAACAAAAAGUUAUGUAUUAUUUAAUUACUAUUGUAUUGUCGAUGUAUAUUUCUACAAACCUAUAAUGAAACCUUAGUCUAACUGCGUAACACGGCUUUAUUAUACAGUUAUAACAUUCCGAUGGUCGCCGAUUCGAUCCUCGUACAGUACAAAUAUUUGUGUUGAUAUCUGCUUAUAUUGGUCUAGUCUAGACACUGUCUGUACAGGGAGACAGGUUGGCAAAAACGAAAACUUCAUCUGAAUCAGAUGACAGAUUGUUUUCCCGCCGGAAAUGCACCACAGCCAUAUUAAAGAUUCUUAGUUUUGACGCCGCGCAAUGUAUUUAAAAUUUUACGAUCCAAAGAUGCAUGAUACGUAGGAAUGUCACUUCUUUGUAGGUAGUACGAAAUGCUUGUGGCGUUGACCUUACACAAUUAAAAAAAAAAAUCUCCGGACAAAAAUUCCCAUUGGUUUUUAGUUCAGAAUAGUGGUCUGAAUUCACUGUUUCAGUUUUUUUGCCAACCUGUCCAUUACUCCAUUAGUACCCAUAGCUCUGCUUAGUUUAGGACAAGAUGGCGCUAUGACCAAACUUUUUAUUAUGUUGGCAUCACAUGGUCAAUGUCGUCAUAACAAUAUAAUUAACAAAUAUAUUCAAAAAUAAUAAAUUGCCCCAUAAGCCGUAAAUAUAAAGCCGUAAGCACAUUUUUAGAAAAAUAAAUGUUAUUUUUUUUUUUAUAAAAAAUUUUGUGAACCCCUGGUGAUGUCGUUUGGUGGUGUCAUAGACAACGAGCGAAUUUAUUUGUAUCGCGCUAACAUUAGACUGGAUAAUGCCACUGUUAUCAAGUUCCAUAGACUAGGUACCCACGUGUCUAGUCUAACAUACUUAGGUUUAGGUGUAGAUAUGAUUUUAUAUAAGGCAUGUAGGUAGAUUAUAUUCAAAUUCUCUAUGAUUGUAACGAAUCAUUUCGUUUCUCUGUAAAUGACGGUGUAUACAAAAAAAAAUUACUCUCGAAGCGUUUAGGCCACUGUACCGAAUGUUAUUACAUGAGAAAUAAAUAAAUCUCAAAUUAUA